AUGGCGCGUUCGACAUUGACGAGACAAGGCGGAAAACUGCUUCUCGGUUCACUGUACAGGGCCCCCAAUACAGGUCAUGGUGUCUUCGCUGAGCUGUGCGCAGUUUUCGAUCGGAUCAGCUCCCGUAAAGAAGGCCACAUGAACAUUCUGUUAACUGGGGACUUCAACCUCCACAUCAACUGGAAUUCUGCUGAUCCGAUGCCAACAAACGAGACAGAGGCCAAGUUCCUGGACUGGAUGCAGUAUGCGAGCCUCACACAGAUUGUCCGCUUCCCAACGCACGUCCGUGGCAAUGUUUUGGGUCACUCCCUAGACCUAUUUCUCUGCCGGAACCCUGCCCAAUUACUAUCUGUGUCUGACACUCCCCCGCUAUCUAACUCUGACCACAUUGGAAUCUCCUCCUCCUGGAACUUCAGCUGCACAAGAAAACGAAUAAUCUCAAAGCAAGCAAUCUUGUUUAACAAGGACGGACGUGACUCACUGGAACGCUCUGUUGCCCUGGCUCCUUGGUUUCUCUGCACGGACUUUCUGACGGACUACAACCCAUGGGACCUAUUCUAUGAUAUGUUCUGGGCUGCAUGCAGAGACUCUACGCAUACUAUGAUCUUUUCCAAACACAAGAGAGGCAAACCAUGGAUAACUGGACUCAUCAAGCAGCUAUCAAGCAAGACUAGGCGCUUCUUCAAAAGGGCCUCUAAAACACAGGAUGCAACUCAUUGGGCGGCAUACAAGGAUCUCUUGAGACAGCUGAAAAGGGGGAUAAGAGGAUCCUAUCGGAAUUACCUCUGCGACAUGGCAAGCCAGGCAAGAACAUGCCCCAGACGUUUCUGGCAGUUCUACGGAUCAUUACGACGUAACAGUGUAGCUACCCAGUUUCAAAUAGGAGGUACAUACACUGACAAUGCUCAGGUCAUCGCCAACUCCUUUGGCCAGCACUUCAGCGAUGCGGUGCCCGCGUUUAACAACACCUGCCCUCCUCCCCAAGUUGACAGUCCACCUGCUGAGAAGCACAACCGCACAGAGUCAAUUCCUGUGUUCGUCCCUCCACCCGUUACCACCGAGGACGUUGCGGCUGCCAUCUCCCAGCUGAAGCCUGGCGCCUCCCCUGGCCCAGAUGGCAUUCCCCCCUUCCUGCUGAAGGCCUGCGCUGCGGCACUCUUGUCCCCAUUGGCAGACCUGUACAACUACUCCUUUUCCAGGGCACUCAUCCCUGAUGUCUGGAAGCUAGCGCAUGUGACCCCUGUACACAAAGGAACGGGGAAACCACUGAACUCUCUCGAAAGUUACCGGCCAAUAAGCCUCACCUGCAUCCUCCGCAAAAUAUUUUAA